CAGAGCUCGGGCCAGAGCUCGAGGCGCUGCUUACCGUCGCCAGAGCUAGGAGACGCCGCGGCCGCCGCUUGGUCGCCUCGGGCUUCGCGUCGCGCCGAGUCUGCCUCCUCUGCCUCCUCUGCCCCACCCGAUCGGCAGCUUCGGCUCCGCCUGGCCCGCGGCCUCGCUGUCCGUGGCGGGGCAGGUGUUUUCGCUGUAGUGAAACCCUGCUCUGCCCUCCGGUUGCUGCUGCUGGCUCCUGACCCUGAGCUCUUGCGGAAGCUGGGACUGGGAUGAGAAGAGGGUAGGUGAGCUCCAGAUAAGCCAGCCCUGCCAGUGACCUCCGUGUUUGGUGGCUGGUGCUCUGAGCCACAGUGUGCGUCAGCAUUUGGAUCUAUGGACCUGCUUUGAACCAUAGAGCCUGCCUAUGGGGGAAGGUGAUGCCAUCUGGGCCCCAUCCAUCCUUCCUCACAGCACCCUCAGCACCUUAAGCCACCACCCUGAGCUACACUUUGGAGGAAAGAUGGAAUCUAAGGUCUCAGAAGGUGGCCUGAACGUAACCCUGACCAUCCGUCUGCUGAUGCAUGGAAAGGAAGUUGGAAGCAUCAUUGGGAAGAAAGGAGAAACAGUGAAGAAGAUGCGCGAAGAGAGUGGCGCCAGGAUCAACAUCUCGGAGGGAAACUGCCCGGAGAGAAUCGUCACCAUCACAGGCCCAACGGAUGCCAUCUUCAAGGCCUUCGCUAUGAUAGCGUACAAGUUUGAGGAGGACAUCAUUAAUUCCAUGAGCAACAGCCCUGCCACCAGCAAGCCCCCAGUGACAUUGCGACUAGUGGUCCCUGCCAGCCAGUGUGGGUCCCUGAUCGGGAAAGGCGGCUCUAAGAUCAAGGAAAUCCGGGAGUCCACAGGUGCUCAGGUCCAGGUGGCAGGUGACAUGCUGCCCAACUCCACAGAGCGGGCAGUGACUAUCUCAGGGACCCCGGAAGCCAUCAUCCAGUGUGUGAAGCAGAUCUGUGUGGUCAUGCUGGAGUCCCCACCGAAAGGUGCCACCAUUCCCUACCGCCCAAAGCCCGCCUCCACCCCUGUCAUUUUUGCAGGUGGUCAGGCCUACACAAUCCAGGGACAGUACGCCAUCCCCCACCCAGAUCAGUUGACCAAGCUCCACCAGUUGGCCAUGCAGCAAACCCCCUUUCCUCCCCUCGGACAGACCAACCCCGCUUUCCCCGGAGAAAAGCUGCCUUUACACUCCUCCGAAGAAGCUCAAAAUCUGAUGGGCCAGUCGUCAGGUCUGGAUGCCAGCCCCCCGGCCAGCACUCAUGAGCUCACCAUUCCCAAUGAUCUUAUAGGCUGCAUAAUUGGACGCCAGGGCACCAAAAUCAAUGAAAUCCGGCAGAUGUCUGGAGCGCAGAUCAAAAUCGCCAAUGCCACUGAAGGGUCGUCAGAGCGUCAGAUUACCAUCACAGGGACCCCAGCCAACAUCAGCCUUGCCCAGUAUCUCAUCAACGCUAGGCUGACGUCUGAGGUCACCGGGAUGGGUGCACUCUAACGUACCCAAGACCCUCCAUUCCACACAUCGGAUGGCUCCAGCCUGCAGCCUCACCAGCCGGCACACUGUACAGACCGCCUGUCCUUCCUUGCAGAUAUGAAUAGAGCGUUUCUUUACAAACAGACGGUGGUGCGUGUCUGCCCACUCAGGCCCUGUGCGCCCCGUGUUAGUGUAGCCUCCACGCAUCGGCAUGCAACUCUUUACUUUAAUGCUCAACGUAUUCCCAAAUGUGAUGUUUCAGAGAUUUAUUCCUCAGUAUUCAUGUGACUGUCCGUUUAAAAGUUGGUUUGAUGCUCUAACAGCACUUCCUAUGUCCUGCUGCCCCUUGUUCUUAGAGACCCUCCUCUCUCAGCUGGUCUACGGAUUCAUUCCUACCCUAGGUUGUACGCAGGGAGCAUUUGGAAGAGGAGGGACUUGGGGAUGUCUACAGAGCAAAGCAGAGUGCCAGAGGGCAGGUGGGACCUUUGCUUUACUGGGAUAUCUCGGGGAGGGGGCACUCAUGGCCCCCAUAUGUCUUCCAAGAUGACUAAGAACAAGGACUUGCCAGAAAGUUCAUCUCCCCCCAUCAGAGUUCAAUAAAUGUCG